AUGAGCACCUCAAUCCUCAGCAUCCAGCACGAUGUCAUCCUAAACACGAUCCGUUAUGCGGCGGGUAAUGAGUGGAAGGUCCUGGUGGUCGACGAGACCAGUCGCAAGUUGAUCGAGAAUGCCGUUAGCGAGGAUGAGAUUCUCAAUCUCAAUGUCACCAAUGUCGAACAGAUCGAGGAGAGGCGCUCCCCCAACCCCACCAUGGAUGCACUCUACAUCCUAUCCCCUCUUCCGCAUAUUGUGGAUUGCAUAAUGGCCGAUUUCGAGAGGAAGCGAUACCGGAAGGCGUGGUUGGUGUGGACAUCAUUUCUCGAUCCGCAACAGCGCGCCAGGUUGGAUCGGUCCCAGAUGGCCCACGAGCAGAUCGCCAACUUCCAGAUCAUGAAUGCCGACUACUUCCCGAGAGAAUCGCGCCUGAUCACCUUCCGCGACCCGUGGAGUUUCCCCGUGCUGUUCCAUCCGGGCUGCAACCAUCUCAUUCGCGCACACCUGGAGGGACUAGCACAGAAGAUCGUGUCCCUGUGUGCGAGUUUAGGAGAGUACCCUGUCAUCCGCUACUAUCGGCCCCGAACCCCGACCCACGAGGCCGGUGUGCUGUGCUCCCACUUGGCCCGGUUCAUCCAGAACGAGCUGGACCAGUUUGCGCAAUUCCAGCGAGACUUUCCCCCGCCAUCUGCCAGACCGCGCGGUGUUCUGUUGGUAGUCGAUCGGUCCAUGGACGUGAUCGCACCUCUUCUUCACGAGUUCACCUACCAGUCGAUGGUGCACGAUCUGCUGCCGAUCAGCGACGGCGACAAGGUUACGUACAAGACGGUCAUCAACGAGGGCAGUCACAACGAGGAGGUCAAGGAGAUGGAAAUCAACGAGCAAGACCACGUGUGGGUCGAGUAUAGACACCUUCACAUGAAGGACGUGCUGGGCAAGCUGGGCGAGGACUUUGCCAAGUUCCGGGCCGCAAACCCUCAAUUCGCGGAAGACAACGACAAAGCGAACGUGAACACGAUCAAGGACAUGCUGGCGGGUCUGACCGAGUUCCAACAGGGCAGAGACGCGUACACGCUGCACCUGAACAUGGCACAGGAGUGUAUGAAGUACUUCCAAGACCACAAGCUACUCGAGGUGAGCGCUGUUGAGCAGUGUUUUGCCACGGGUCUAGAUGAGAACUACAAGAAGGCCAAGAACAUGGCUUCCCAGCUGGUGCAUCUGCUGGACGACGAUGCGAUCACGCAGCCGGAGAGACUCAGACUCCUGCUGCUUUACAUUAUCUACAGGGGCGGCAUUCUCGGGGGCGACAUCCGAAAGCUCAUGGCACAUGCGCAACUUCCACCGCAGGACGGGGAGGUUGUGUCCAACCUGGACCUCCUGGGCAUUCGUGUCGAGAAGCCCUUGAAGGAUGACAAGCCGCCUGUCCAGCCGCUGUUCAACCGGAAGCCGCCGUCUGGGGCAGAUAUCGAAGACGACAGUCUGUCGCGGUACGAUCUGAACCUCAAGUUGAUCUUGGAGGAGCUGGUGCGCGGCACUCUGGAUGCGGGGGUCUUCCCGUUCACGCGCCCGCACACCGACGCGGAGGGUCCAGGGCUACAGCCAGAUUCAAUGUCGCAAGCAUCGCUGCGAAGCGCCAAACCGACGUGGGCUCGGACACGGUCCACGGGCGAACAGCCCCGGCAGCGGAUCAUCGUGUUCAUGGCGGGUGGCGCGACGUACGGAGAGGCGCGCACCUGCUAUGAGGUCUCGCAGGCGCUCAACAAGGACGUGUUCCUGGCGACCUCGCACAUGCUCUCUCCGGGGCUGUUUAUGCGCCAGGUCAGCGAUCUAAGCGUCGACAAGCGACGGCUCGACAUCCCCGCCGAACGACCCAAGCCGGUUGCGCCCGCUCAUCUCUUCGAGAGAGAGGCACCGCCGACGCCAGAGCCUGUCAAGAAGCCGCCGCCGAAUCUGAACCCGCCGGCGCCUCCAUCUGCGGCAAUGGCAGGAAUGUCUUUGGGGGCGAACGGAAAGGCCUCGAACGGGACGCCAGCGGCACCGGGCAAAGCACCCAAAGAGAAGAAGGAGAAGAAGCGACACCACUUCUUCCGGUAA